CACUGGUUUAAUCCUAACGGCGUUGCGAGAACUUUACACACAGGUAACAGGAAAAUGAAGGGAAGGUGAAAAGAUUGUCAAAGAUCUUGGAAAAACAUUUUCCUCCUCAUAAGACUAGAUGUGGUUCUGCGAUUUAGGGCUCAUUUCUAUGCAGAUUGGAAGCAUUUUGAGGCAGGAGUUGUCUUGCUGAGUGUUGGUAAGGUUUUCCCUGUUGGGGAUUCUCAGCUGGGUGACUGUUUUCCAAUUGCAGCUUACACACAGCUUUUAGUCAGGGCCACCGUCAGUUUGUGCUGGGGUGAUGAGCAGUGCGAGGAAUAACCACCGAUGUUUGCAAGCUGUAAUUCAGCUCUUAGGCUGUGAUGUUAGGAAUGGAAGAGAGGACAGAGCCGUGCUCGGGAACAGCCUGGUCAGAGGCAGAAAGGGAGCAGCGACGGGGAUAAGGUGGCCAGUGCUAUGGUCCAGAUUACAUCACAGGCUGGCACAUGCUUCCUCGGUUUGGAAAAUUAAUUUAUUAUUACUUUAUUUCAUUAUUUUUUACGUACUGAAUGCAGUGGCUAUCUGAUUGCUCAGAAGUUGAUUGGACAAUUUCAGGUAGAAUAAUCUUCCCAGUGAAUGCACCCGUUACAUUAAUAUAAAUUGUCUACCAGCAAGGUACAGAAAUUAGUAUAUUCAAGAUUACUAUGAAAUAUAGCAAUGGCAUGAUUUUACUGAAAUUAUAUACCACCUAGGUAUAAAACUUCUGAACUACAGAAGUAAAGUGUGUUAAUCUGUAGUGCUUUCCUUGACAGCGGUACAAUGCUGUGCUACGAGGUAAGCUGACCCAACUCUUUGAGUACAUCCCCUUCUAGCGGCUGACCGGGGUGAACCGCACGAUCCCCCAUGGGUUAGCUCGUAGGAGAUGCAGAGAUCUUGAUUAACAUAACAUUUUGGCGCUGAAAUAGCUUCGCGGCACUGUUGUCAAUUGCUUGUAUCUGAUGCAGUUCUAGCGAAGAAAUUUCAGCGUAGCUUCAAAACCACGCCGCAGGCAGGACCGGUUCUCAUUCGGCUCCUCUGCCACCCACCCGCGCGGGUCUCUCGGGAACCGACAUGCCCAGGGCGGUGCUCGCAGCCCGCCGAGGGGUGCCCGGCAGAGCGCGGCCCCGCACGGCUGCGUGCCGAGACGAGCCCGGCUGGCCCCGCGCUCCCCGGGCAGGGCGCAGCCGGCGGCUGUUACGGGAGCGCAGCGCUGCCCCCCGCCCGCUCGGACCCGCCCCGAGCGCCCCCUGGCGGCAGCGGCUGUCGCCGGCGCAUGCGCACGCGGCUCCCUUUCCUAGCCCCGCCUCUUUCGCGCCCGGCGGAGGUGACGCAUAGCGGCGCUAUGGCUGAGGUGGCGGCCGGGCCGCGGCCGGAGGACUGCCCAGGGACCAGCAGCGCCCAAGCGGGCAGCGCCGCCGCCUGCCAGGGCUGCCCCAACCAGAGGCUCUGCGCUGCCGGCGCCGCCGCCCCGGACCCGGCGGAGCUGGCCGAGCUGCGGGAGCGGCUGCGCUCGGUGAAGCACACGGUGCUGGUGCUCUCCGGCAAGGGCGGCGUGGGCAAGAGCACCUUCAGCGCCCUCCUGGCUCACGGGCUGGCGGCGGACGAGGCCAAGCAGGUUGCUCUGCUGGACAUAGAUAUCUGUGGGCCGUCAAUCCCUAAAAUGAUGGGUCUGGAAGGAGAGCAGGUUCAUCAGAGUGGAUCUGGAUGGUCUCCAGUGUAUGUUGAAGAAAACUUAGGUGUCAUGUCCGUGGGGUUCUUGCUUAGUAGUCCUGAUGAUGCUGUCAUCUGGAGAGGACCAAAAAAAAAUGGGUUGAUCAAACAAUUUCUUCGUGACGUGGACUGGGGUGAAAUCGACUACCUGAUUGUAGAUACGCCUCCAGGGACGUCAGAUGAGCACUUAUCCAUUGUGCAGUAUCUCAGUGCAACGCACAUAGAUGGUGCUGUUAUAAUCACAACCCCACAGGAAGUAUCGCUUCAGGAUGUUCGGAAGGAGAUCAAUUUCUGCCAUAAAGUGAAACUGCCAAUCAUAGGUGUUGUGGAAAAUAUGAGUGGCUUUAUAUGUCCAAAGUGUAAGAAUGAAUCUCAGAUUUUUCCCCCAACUACUGGAGGUGCAGAGAAGAUGUGCCAGAACUUAAAUGUUUCCCUCCUGGGUAAAGUGCCUCUAGAUCCUCAAAUAGGCAAAAGUUGUGACAAAGGCCAGUCCUUCUUGUCUGAAGCGCCUGAGUCUCCAGCUACAUUAUCUUACAGAAGCAUCAUUCAAAGAAUUCAGGAAUACUGUGAUCAACAACAUUUUCAAGAAGAAAAGAUCAUCUAAUCUAUGAAUGGAAUAAAGAUGUAGCUCAUGUUUAAUUAUAGAAUAGUAACUUAUGCCUUGAUUUAAUAGAAGGAAUGUAUUUUUUUUAUAUUGCAAAUAAAUUCUUAAUAUAAAA